UUGGAUAUGUUUGAAUGAGAACUGAGAACCAUGGAUGGAGAAAAUUGCCCGUGAAUGAAUCUUACUGUAUGUUCAUACUGCGCCAACAAUUUGAACUGACCUAUACAUUUGUCCCUUACCUUUAUCCUUCUCUCUAUAAAGCACCGGUUUCUCCAUCCAGUGACUGGAGACACCACAGAGCAAAUCUUUCAUUUAACCUCGAGCUAACUCACUCACUCACCUGUGACAAAGAGAGAGCUGGAAGACGGAGAGAUGGUUGGAAUUUUGGUUUGCGUUUUUGUGUUUCUCUUAUCUGUAACAUCAUAUUUAUCUCUAAGGAGGGACAAGAGGAAGCUACAAAAAGGAGCGAAGCUUCCUCCAGGCUCAAUGGGAUGGCCUUUCAUUGGAGAGACUCUGCAACUCUAUUCUCAAGACCCUAAUGUCUUCUUUGAUUCCAAACAAAAGAGGUAUGGAGAAAUUUUCAAGACUCAUAUUCUUGGCUGCCCAUGUGUUAUGUUGGCUAGCCCUGAGGCUGCUCGCUUUGUAUUGGUAACACAAGCUCAUUUGUUCAAACCCACGUAUCCAAAGAGCAAAGAACGUUUGAUCGGUCCCUCUGCACUCUUUUUUCACCAGGGAGACUACCAUCUUCGCAUAAGGAAGCUGAUUCAAGGCUCCUUGAGCCUUGGUGCAAUUCGUAACCUGGUUUCGCAUAUUGAGACGGCAGCAGCCUCCGCCCUGGACUCGUGGGACGGCGGGCGAGUCAUUAACACCUUUCAGGAAAUGAAAAAGUUUUCUUUUGAAGUUGGUAUACUAGCUAUUUUCGGGCAUUUGAAGGGCCAUUACAGAGAAGAGCUUAAGAAAAACUACGGCAUACUUGAUAAAGGCUAUAAUUCAUUUCCCACAAAUAUCCCUGGAACCCCUUACAAAAAGGCCUUACAGGCAAGAAAAAGGCUAAGUGGAAUACUGAGUGAUAUUAUUCGUGAAAGGAAGGAGAAUGGAUUGCUUGAAAAGGAUCUCUUGGGCUGUCUGUUGAACUCCAAAGAUGAAAAGGGAGAAGAAGCACUUACUGAUGACAAAAUCGCAGAUAACAUAAUCGGAGUGCUUUUUGCUGCUCAAGAUACUACUGCUAGUGCAAUGACAUGGAUUGUCAAGUACCUCCAUGACAACCCGAAACUUCUAGAGGCUGUAAAGGCUGAACAGAAGGCCAUCCGCAAAGUAAAUGAAGAAGGUAAUCAACCGUUGAGCUGGUCUCAAACUAGAAAUAUGCCACUCACUAAUAAGGUCAUAUUAGAGAGUCUGAGAAUGGCAAGCAUUAUAUCUUUCACCUUCAGAGAAGCAGUGGCUGAUGUAGAAUACAAGGGGUACCUGAUUCCAAAAGGAUGGAAAGCGAUGCCUUUGUUCAGGAACAAUCACCACAAUCCUGAAUUUUUUACUGAUCCUCAAAAAUUUGAUCCUUCAAGAUUUGAGGUUGCGCCAAAGCCCAACACAUUUAUGCCAUUUGGAAGUGGAGUACAUUCCUGUCCUGGAAAUGAGCUUGCCAAGCUGGAGAUGCUUGUGAUGACCCACCAUUUGGUCUCCAAAUUCAGGUGGGAAGUGAUUGGAUCCGAAAAUGGGAUUCAGUAUGGUCCAUUCCCAAUCCCUCAACAAGGGCUUCCUGCCAGAUUUGAAAAGAAUCUACAAGCUGAAAGGAAACACAGUGCAUAAUAAUAGUUGAGAUGCAAUACAGCUCUAGAAUUUAGCCUCCACCAUUACUCUAUUUUAUCUGCCAAGCAAUAUUCAUUGUAUUAAAAAAACUAGAUCAUCCCCUUCAAGCAUAUGGAGAUAGAGGAUGCUGCCUUUUCUCUUUUUAUUUAUUUUUUUAUCUUAUCCUGUUGUCGAAUCUCUUUCACCAGUGCAACCGGCACUUCGGAUUCUCUUAAUUAAUAUGUGCAAUGUAUAAUGAAAGAAAAGGUUCUAAUGGACCAAGCCAAUGUUAUACCAA